CAUGAAGCCCUGUGAAUAUUAUCUGCGGUGGAAGACAGCGAUAACUGAUCCUGACCACCUGUAAUCUUUCCCAGUGGAAAUGAUCUUCCACUCGGUUCCAGAACUUCAUGUCAAAUUCUCGGCAUAACAUGACUUCAUAUCUCGAUCUCCAAUUCUAUUGAUCAACAUCGUUCUGGACAUUUUGAUACAGGCCACCAAGAUUUUCGCCGACGGCGAAUCGAGCCUUUUUACAUGAUGGUUUUGCAUCACCGUGUCUGUCCAAGAAGAACGUCUCGGAUUCAACAAAACCACGACAGACACGAAAAAUGGACCCACGAGCUCGAGUUGCUCACGCGUGUGACAGGUGCCGUCGAAUGCGGACAAAAUGUUCGGGGGGAUUGAGAUGCACCAAGUGCGAGAUGGAUGGAGUGGAAUGCGUGUACAGCGACAGGAAAAGAGAAAAGGCCAGAAAAGAACUCAUUGAGAGCAAAAGUAGCGUGCUUGACUUGCAAGCAAAGAACGACCGACUUGCGAAUUUGUUGGCGGACCUCAUCGCCGAAUCCAACAUCGAUUCAGAUGCCCGGACACAGGCUGUACAAUUCAUGGAGGACCUAGAGCAUGAAGAUAUGCUGCAGAAUGUCACGUCAAACCCGGGGUCAGCACGCUUGCCUCGAGAUACAACCGGGCAAAAUACUCCCACGAUGGGCGACAAAGAUCCCGAACACUUUCCAGACCAGCCAGAGUAUAACGAACCUUCGAGAUGGCGGUCACCUUCGGAGUUCAACCUGGUCGGUCCAUCGCGGCUCUCCCACUUAUCUCGACUGAUCUUGACCGACAACGAAUCGUCUCCGCAUUCCCAGCGGCCAUCGGCAUGGACGCAAACCACCAACAAUGAUAAUCUUGUACAACACUUGAUAGCCCUCUACUUUUGCUGGGAAUACCCCGUUUUUGCCAGCUUGUCUCGAGAACAUUUCCUCCUCGAUUUUCACACCGGCAACCAGAGAUUCUGUUCUCCUUUACUCGUCAACGCAAUUCUUGCCCUGGGCGCUCGAUAUAGUGAUCUUCCAGAGGCGCGCAAAUAUGAAGACAACCCGUCUUCGGCCGGCGACCACUUCUACGAAGAGGCACAACGGCUGUUGGGCUAUGAAGAUGUCCCGUCACUCACCAAAGUCCAAGCACUUGGCCUGAUGUCGCUGAGGCAGGCGAGCUGCGGGAACGACAUGAGCGGGUGGCACCUCUCUCGGUACGCAAUGAGAACGGCCCUCGAUCUCGGUUUGCACAUGGCAGACUCGCAGGACCGACGCGCGGACCGGUUGUUGUAUUCCAAUCCAGAACGUCAAGUUAGUGCCGCCACAUUCUGGGGAUGUUAUACUUUGGAACAGGCAUGGUCACUUUGUGUGGGACGACAAUCUCAAGUCACUCCUGAAGAGGUGGCGGUUCAAAAGCCCAUCAAGAUCGACGAGAUCGAACACGAGCCCUGGAGACCAUAUUCAGAUCAAGGGGUCGACCCGGAUCCUACCCUUCACCAACCAAGUAAUAUGAGGUCCGUGUACAAGAUAUUCGCGGAGCUUGCACAGCUCGUGCACAAGACGAACUUGUGUUUGCAGUCCGAAGACACGCGAGACAUUACGUCCUCGGUGCGCGCCCUUUAUACUGAAUACCUCCAGUUCUACAGUUCACUUCCAGACGCGCUCCGGCUCGGCAGAAACUCGACACCACCUGUAUUGUUCGCACAGUGAGUAUCUGCCUAUACUAUGUUCUUGUUGACUACAAUAACUGUGACACCGUGGAACUAAUACCUGUUCUUCAUCUAGCAUAUUCUAUCAUUUCGCUGUUUUACUCCUCUUCAGACCGUUCUACAAUACAGGCAUCUUCGACACCGUCCCGGCCACACGACUGAUUUGCAUAGAAGCAACCGAGAACAUUUUGUCUCUCCUCAAGGCUUAUCAGAGUUUGUACUCUCUACGUCGAACUCCCGCAUUCAUGCCGUACAUUGUCAUGUCUGCUGAACUCGCACGCAUGGCGGACCACAAAACACGAACAACAGUGGAGGGUCGCGAUCGCGAAGUUUACAGGACACCCAGCAUCCGGUACCUGAGGGAACUGGCCCUGUCACACCCCUUCGCCGUACGGGCAAUGUUGAUUUGCAAGUUUUUUGUGGACGGGUGGAAGAUCGACUUGGCCCCCGAAGACGACUGUGAGGUCCCCUUUGGCCUGGCCAAGAACGAGGACGGCAUGACCUUGUCCCAUGCCGUCACCUUUUUCCGACCGGACGAAGACCUGGAACGGCACCACACUGGACAUGCGAGCUCGUCGCCGCUCAGCCACAGGCCGACGUCGAGACUACGGUUUGUGCCGUUUCCGCAACAGGGCGCGCAUCUGGGCAGUAUGGCACUUCUCUGACCUUCUUUCCUGAGUACCUCCAGGUAGCUUUUGAGCUGGUCUUGGCUUCUAAUGAAUUGUGUGCAAAACAGAUCUCAUACUUGAUCAUGGUGGUCAGUCGACUUAGGAUUUGUUUGUGAUAUCAGUACAAAGAAAAAGAGUGUCACGAGAGUGUAUCGCACAAAAAGGUACUGAAAAUAGGUACAUGUAGGUAAAUUAAUUUCUCAAUCAAAAGUUGCUCAAUCUCAAGUCUCGGUUUUGAGUUCCGACAGACUGUCCAUGCAGCGUAACCUGUUUCGAGCCCUGACGGUUUGAAUCUCGACAUCAAAUAUAAGAUGAAAAGUACGAAGGAUGACCCUGACUGGGAUGUUUCAAGAUAGACAGCUACCAUUCGACAUUCCUCGCCCGUACAUACGAGUCCCAGCAACAACAAAACAAGACAAGGUCCAAUCUCCAAGACGCUGCCGUCUCAAAAGGUGAACUGCAUCAGUCCCGGGUUCAACACCAACGGCAAGAGAAAAUGAAACGCCACGACCAGCGCCAGCGGCCAGACGGCGGUGAAGCCGGUGAUCAACCAGUCGUGAGGGACGACAUAUCCGAGAGGGCCGACGCCGGCGAGGACGACCAUGGCGGUGACCGCGACGACGCAAAAGGAAAAGGUGAAUUUGAACCGGCGGAGGAUGACGGGGACCUCGUCGAAGAAGGAAGUGCGCGUCGCCUCUUUGGCCGUGGCGCCCCACGUCAUGUCGAUCGACAACAUGUGCGACGCGAUGGCCUGGGAGACGUGCAGAGAGAUGCCGCCGAGGAAGAUGGUCAGGAGGGGUAACCAUUUGAGGUUCUCAAAGAGGCAGCCGAGGAGGGAACGACCAGAGACGCGCUGCAUAAGAUCACGAUUAGUUAAAACUUUGCCAGAAGUUUCUUUCUUUAUUGAUAUUUUACUUUUCGUUUCAAAAAAAAGGGAUUUCUCUCUUCUCCCGCAAGGGAAAGUCCAGAGGUCAGGGAGGAAUUGGUCGAGUAGAUUGACUCACAUAGCGUAAUACUGCUAGGGACACAGUACCGAGAGCCUGAAAGACAA